AAUGAGCUAAAGAUAAAAGAGGUCUAAUGAAGACAGAUUAUUCAGCCUAUGUAAUGCUUUUAUUCUACUGAAAACAACUACGGGUACACGUUCAGACCUUUUAGAGUUUAUUUAAGAUAUACUACACUAGACUAAAUAAACACGGGAUAAAUUGAACAUGUACCAGUAGCUGUUUUCAAUAGAAAGUAGUAAUACUUUUAGCAGACCUUAAAGUAAACGUCGGUCUUGCUCUUGUUUGCAUUUUGUGAAGCACGGCUGGAGAAACCUACUACCUUAUUUCAAUUUUACUGGUUGAAAGUUCGUGAAAUUCGUGACGGCAUACAAGAACAAUUACUGUUAACAUUUAGGCUAAAUUACGAUUAAAAUAUAGAACUUUAACAUCAUGGUGUAACAUCAUAGUCAGCCCACAUGAUAUCUCUGUAUAUAUAAUGUCAGGUAUUAUCAUAAGAAAGUCUACAAUUCGCUCUUUUUUAUUUUUUGUAUUUGACGCACGGCUUGAGGGAUCAUUUUACCAGUAGCCUGUUGCUGUGACGGGAGUGAGGAGUUUCCCAGAUGCUGAUUUUCCUCCGUACCUGCGUUCUGACGUCACACGCAGCAGUAUUAAAGCGCAGCCCGCAUCCUCAGAAAGCGACUCCUGCCAUGGCUCAACUCGGCUCUCUGCAUGUGUCCGUCGGCAUACUGGGCAUCUCCGGCGGAUCUUUACUGCUUUUGAUAAAUGACUAUGCCAGCUCGCCUGAGAAAAGUUUCAUCCACAGUACUGCACUGGGAAUUCUGCUCCUCAUCAUUGCAGCCCUCUUAGCUUAUGCAGGUAUCCUUCGCAGUCUGUCCCACGCCCUGCUGUUUUCCUGUCUGUGUUUGACUGUCUCUGCCCUGUGGUGCGGCUCAGGUCUGGUGUAUAUCCUGGUGGGGCAGGGGGUGUUGGAGUUCACAGAGUUGAAAUCCUCUCUGGUCCCAGGACUGGCAGCAUUCACGCUAGCCCUGUUCAUCAUAGGCAGUGUAGCAGUGACAGUAAAGAAACCAGUUCUUUUUCUCAUAGCUGUUGGCAUUAGCUUAGCAUGUGCCCAUCAGAUUGCGGGUUUGUCAGCUGCAGGUUUUGGUCUGUCUGCCACAGCUGCUAAUUACCUUCUUGUCUCUCUGGUGGGUCUUUACUUCGGGUUUGGACGACUGCUAUUCAUCAUCACUGGUGGUAAAGUGGAGCUUCCAGGAACACAUCUUAAGAGCAAAACUGAGCUGAAAACAGAGCAGGACCACAAGUGCAGUGCUGCAGUGUCAGUAGGUCUGGUGAUGAACUUGCUGUCCGCCUCUGUGCUAGCCUGUCCUCUGUUAGGUGUGGUUCCCAGACUGUUCGUUGGUCAUGUUCCCUGGCUGUGGACAGCUGGAGUCUUCCAGGUUGGAAUGUGUGUGCUCUUCUACCGAGCCAUGGACACACUUGCUGCCACAUUUUAUGGCUUCUGUGCUGUGCUACGAUUUGCAGAGGGCUACAGUGCCUUUCUAUCAUUCUACUCAAUUCAGCCUUACUCGCCUGUUCCCUUCCCUGUUGUCUUCUCUGUACUUUUCUUUGUCCUGGCUCUGUUCAGUUGUCAGAAGAGCUUGCUGGAUGGGCUCUACGUGUUAUUCUUUGUAGCUUAUUGUAUUGCCAUUGCAGCCCAGCCUCAAGGCUUCUUCCAAGGAGGCACGCAGGGUGUACAGGGAGCUAUAUUUGUAAUCUCUGCCAUCAUGCUUUUAAUUACCACAUUCAAUAUGGUCUACCCUACAAUGAUUCCCACAGGACAGGAAUAUUGCAAGACUUUAGUAACCAGGAUGCCCGGCCUUACUCUCAGACCCCAUGAUAAAGAGCUGCAUGCACCUUACCUGGGCUACUCCAAGUAUGCAGAUGCAGAGGUGUUAGGCCACGCCUGCAAUGUGCUGGCAGCUUUUGCCAUCACAGCCACAGUUAGUGACAGAAAUCCUCUGUCUGUGCUGGUUCUGCCUUGGGUGGUGGUGGCUGGAGGGGCACUCCAGCUGAUCUGUGGUUCAGUAGCUUUUUCUCGAGGUAAAUCCUUUGAGAGCACUGUUUUUGUCCUCUAUGGGGUCAUGUGGACAGUGUGGGGGCUGACACGAUACGGCGGACUGUAUGGUGAAGCCAGGAGCUUUGAUGUGGCUGUCGGGGUCAUUGGCUUCAUGCUAUUUAAUGGUUUAGUGACGGCUGCGGCACUGUUUCUAAAUGUCGCUUGGUUUGCCCACGCCCUCACCUUCCAGCUCAUUCUUAUUAGCUUCCUGCUGGAUGCAGUAGGUGCACUGCCUUACGGUUACGACAUAGGAGUCACCAUCAUCUUUGGGCUUAUCAGUUUUUAUUGUUUCCUGGCGCACAUUUUCAACAGCACCUUCCAAUCCCCUCAAAUCCCCUUAGGAAAUCCUUUAAUUAAGCUGAGUGGGGUCGGGGGAGGUGCAAAUAUCUGUCCGCAUCUACCAGCCCGCAAGUCGUCGUCCGUCCAGCAGAUUGCAGAAAUCAUGAAAAAUGGUGGCAUAUGUGGAAUGCCUACUGACACUGUCUAUGUGCUGGUGGCAGCUUGCAACAGGCCCGACGCAGUUGUCAAAGCUUACAAGGUGAAGAAGCAGGCGCAGGACCGACCCAUGUCCCUGUGGAUCUCCUCCAUCAAGCAGCUGGAGCCAGUGAGACACCUCCUGAGCCCACUCCUCCUGGACUUCAUGGAGGCUGCAUGGCCCUCCUCCAUUAGCAUGGUUAUACCCAGAGGCCCAUGGAUGGACCCCUUUGGUUUAGGAGAUGCUGCCAUACACAUAGGGACUCCACAAAGCAUAGCCAUCAGAAACCCAGACUGUUCUGUGGCCACGCAUCUCAUAAAUCUCGUGGGACCCAUCGCUGUAACCUCCGCCAACCCUACAGGUGAAGCAGACACAACUCACCACAAUCAAGUUUAUGCCAAGCUGGGCAACAAGGUGGAUGGAGUGUUAUGUGAUGGGGCCUCCCCAGAAAACAUUGCUUCUACUGUGGUUGACUGCACUAAGAUUGAAACAGGACAUAUUGGUUUCUUCAGAGUGGGUCUCAUUCCUAAAUCGAAGGUUCUUCAAAUCUUCGAGGAGGUUCAGAAGCGGCACAGGCAGGGGCAGACGAAUCCUGUUUUUGAGGAUGAUCUGCACACACAAAGGGGCGGAGGUUCAGGAGACACAGAGGAACUUUAGACUCAAAGCCUUCUACAGUUUCAUUUGAACAAAGUCCAGUCCUUAGAAAUGGAUCAUAGUAUCACUGUACUGCUUCAAACAUGCCAUAUGCAACAUAAACUCAGAUGUGCACACGAAAAAUGCACAGGUGUACAUAUAUUGGUUGCCACACUCGUUUUUAUUUACCACCAAGUGCAGGAAUAGCCCCACAAGCUGUUCCUGUCUUCCUGUCUUAGUAUUUUGUGUUGGCCAAACAAAUGUUUUAAACAUGUUUGUGUGUUUAUUUUGAUGUUUUUUGCAAGAGCGAACUCAUUAUGGUGCACUCUAAUAACUUAUAAUAUAUAAUACGAUAACAUUAAUUUAUGUUUUGUGAUGUAUGUAAUAUUUUUAUUUUUAUUUACAUUGUCUUUCCUUUUGUCUGGAACGGGAACUAGUACUUUAAAUAUAAGAAUGUACGGUAUGAACUUUUUCAUGAUAAAAUAUACAUUAUUUCCAAAAGAGGCUGCAAUUAUUUAUACAAUGUUGUUUUAAUAUUUCAACAAUUAGGUGAUUUACACUGUUUUUAUCACUUACCCACCUGCACUGUAACUGAACUGUCAGUUCCAAUUAACCUGACUGCUUAUUUCAAAUUUAAACACAUUAUGUGUUGGCGUUUUGAGGACUUUGUAUCAUUUAUUCAAAAGAUACAAUAAGAAACAUGUAAUGAAAACGGAUAAAGGAAUCACAUGUUGUUUAUCAAAUAAUGUCUGGUGAUGCCUGAUACAAGUGAACAAUUUCUCAAUCUAAAUGCAUUUUGGAAUAAUAUCUAUUAUAUGCAAAGCACUUUUCUGCUGAGUAGAAUAUGCAGUUACUGCAGUGAAAUACACCAUUUGCAUACUUUUAUUUAUUUAAUUACUAAUUUUAAUUUAAUUAAUCACAUUUAUUUUAAAGCCCCAACACACACGCUUUCGUUCAUGUUGCCUGAUGAGAGCUCUUGUUAAGACUGUGAAGUGGUUGUAGGUUGUGCUGAAUGGAAAGGUCUGUGGCUCUCCUGUUAGCUAUAGACAGCUGGCACUGUCGCAUACAUCUAGGUACAUCCACAUACAUCAAGCUGUCUAGUUUCUGAAAUUAUGUUAAAUGUAUUUAUAAAUAUAUUAUCAGAAAUAUGAAAUAUGGUCUGCUGUCUGAGACAAUAAAAUCACAUAAUUUAUUGUGGAUAACCACUCAGGAUCAGAAUAUAAUUCUUUGC